AUUUUCAUUUCAUUUUUCUUGUGUGUACGGGACGCCAUGUUCAUAGAAAGAAGCGAGACAAAAAAUUAUUUAUAAGUGCAAAAUUUGUGCGAAUUCCGCGGAAAAGAGAGCUGAAAUCUUCCUGGCCGCCUCCAAGUUGCCUGGGUUAUGGAGGAUCUGACCAAGACCAUCAUGUUCACGACAAACACCAUCCAGAACACCACGCCGACCACCAUCCAAUACCAGGCGGCGGAUCCCAACAAGCAGCCCAAGAUUGAGGGCCAGAAAACCACGCAGCAGCAAGAAUACCCAACAUUUUGCUACACCAAUGUAAAUAUGAUUCAGAAAUUAACGCCUACAUCUCAGGCGCACGCCAGCACCGUGAAUCUGGCCCAGCUGUCGGACGACAACAAGGCCUGCUACAUCGCCCAGCCCUUCGGCUACAACUACGCCCUCGUGAACCAGUUCGCGCAGAAUGGCAUCACGGGAAUCACGGUGGACGGACGCCAGCUGGUGGUCAACAAGCCGAUAACGAACACGGUAUCGAAUAUCAGCUUCAAGUGCGAUGUAUGCGGCGUGAUGUUUGCUCAUUUGACGCAUCUAAAUCAGCACAAGAGGAUCCACAGUCAGGACGGCACGGACAACACCAAUGAUGCGAUAACAGUCGUUGCUCAGGCCCAGAAUCUGGUGCAGGCGCAGAAUCUGGUGACGGAGAGUGGACAGACGCUGGGCCAGAUCCAGAUUGUGGCCACGGAGGCGCUGGAGCCGGCGACAUCGCAGGCCAUUCAGCACGUGAAUGUGUCGUCGGCCGGCGAGGUGACCAUCGCGAAGCCCAUCACGGUGGACAAGGGACAGAAGUGCAUCACUUGCGGCAGCACGAUCAUCCAGAAUCCGAAGAGGAAAGGACCGAAGUUGAUCCGCUGUGAGAAUUGCAUCAACAAUGACAAUCCUGCACACAUUGUGCCGAGACCGACCCAGAUCUUCGUGGCGCCCGAUGGGGACGUGAAGUUCGAGAUGACGGACAUUUCCACGUCGCAAGCGGAAGCGAUGGAAUCUCUCGGUGGCCAGACGGUGAUCCCUGUCGCCACGACGUCCAGCGUGCAGGCGCAGCAGCACAUCCAGCAGCAGGCGUCGGCGGUGCAGGGACAGCAGCACAUCCAGCAGCAGUCGCAGCCGAAGCACGCGGCCGGGCAUCAUCCGGUGAAGAAGCGCAACACGGCCGCCGUGACAAAGUGCCACAAGUGCAACGGCUCGGGUUUGAUCUACAUUGGCGGGCAGAAGCGACAGCAGCAGCAAGAAGUGUCUCAUCACGGGUGUCCCAUAAAUUCGCAAAGGAAUGAAAAGCCCUUCCACUGCAACAUUUGCGGCGGCACGUUCUCGCGGUACUCCAGCCUGUGGUCGCACAGAAAGCUGCACAGCGGCGAGAAGAACUACAAGUGCACCGUGUGCGGCCUGGCGUUCGCCAAGGCGGUGUACUUGAAGAAUCACUCGCGGAUACACACGGGCGAGAAGCCGUACAGAUGCAACACGUGCGGCAUGCAGUUCUCGCAGUCGCCCCACCUCAAGAAUCACGAACGCACGCACAGCGGGGAAAAGCCAUAUGUCUGCGAAGUGUGCGACAAGGGAUUCGCCAGACACGCCACGCUGUGGAACCACCGGAGGAUUCACACGGGCGAGAAGCCGUACAAGUGUGACAUCUGCGGGUCUGCCUUCAGUCAGGCGGCGCACUUGAAGAAUCACGCCAAGGUUCAUUCGGGGGAGAAGCCGUUCAAGUGCGAUAUCUGUUCAGCGGCGUUCGCGGAUAGAUUUGCUCUCAAGAGACAUCGCAACAUUCACGAGAAAUACGGUCAAACGGCUCCGCGACAGCCGGCGAAUUCGGGUCAGAAUUCGCAGCAGAAUGCGUCUCUGCAGCCAAUCCAGAAGGAAGAAAUGCCAGAAAUGGAUGACGACGAUGGAAAGAUCCACAAUGAGGUGAUCAUCUCUGGAUUGUAAGUCACAAAAAAAGGCAGGGAGAAAAGACCAUGAAGAGCAGUGGCGGAAGAAGAAAUACCAUUUAGCGUACGGAUGAUUAUUCUUGCUGGGCACGAGAAGAAGUGAAGAAGAGAAUGAGCAAAGGAACUUGUCUUGGAGAAGGAAAAGUAGUUUAAGGUUAAGCUGAUUAAGAUGAAGGAAAAAAAACACAUUUUAGCGUUGUAAUGAAGAAAAGUAAAAGAGGAUUAAUUGUAUGUAGGUAAACAUUAACAUUAGAAAGUUGAAUGAUAUAUUCUGUAUAUAUAGUUAAAAACACACUUACUGUAAGAUGUUUAAUUUCUGGAAUUGCAAGUGGAAAAUUAAGAAUGUUUCGUGAUAAGGACGAUAUCAGAGGGAAACAUUUUAUUUUGACGAUACCAUUAUAACAAUUAUAUCAAACUGUAAUGAAAGUAAAGAAGAAAUUCUCUAAAACUAAAUGAUAGAAAAAGUAAAAGAAGAAAAUGAAGAAAAUAUUGAAUUAGAAUUUACGCAGUUUAAUGCAAAUUAAGAUGAAAGUCCACAAGUUAUGAAGCAGUCAAUAUUCGUGAGAAGAGAAUCAGAACCCAAAAGUUUAUUGAACAAGAUAAAACACAUAAAAGAUAUAAAAAUCUUCAAAAUAUAUUUAUUUAUUCUUAGCGUAAAACAAACAAUUUUCUGUUCAUACUGGAGAAGUGAACUGACCAAGUUUUUCUUUUUCAUAUUCUUUUUUCCUUCUAUAUUUUGAGUUCUUUACUGUGGAUGAAUUUGCUUUAGAAUUGUACUUUUUUUUUGAAAUUGUAAUAUUCAUCUUUAAUUUUUAGGUGUAUAAGAAAAUUUAUUUCUCUCAUAUUUUUUUGUUGAUAAAAAUUUUAUCUUAUAGAGAUUUUGGAGGAAAAAUCAAAGAGAAAUAUUUUGUGCAUCUUCUCCAGUCAAGAAGCUUUUUAUUACAAAGAAAAAUUACUAUGAAAAGGAUGAAUGCAACUUACAUUAUUACUCUGUACUAAAUGAAGAAUAAAUAAAAAUCAUGAAGUGACAAAUCAAAGCUAUUUUGGAGGAUAAUUUGCGAGG